CUGGUGAUAGCCAGACAAAGAACUCACAGUACCAUUCAAUCAAUAUUUUUGGUGCAUCCAUGACAUUGGUCUGAGAUUUGAAGUUGUUCAGUGAAAGGUGCCACCUACGCAGCCACAUCAGUUUUGUUCUUUCUGUGCCAAAGCUUGUUGCUUAAAAUCCGUUCCAGAGCGCGUUUGCUCAGAGCUUCAAUGCCGUUCCGCUAAUAAGACAAGAAUGUCAUCAUUAGAAAAAGCAUAUUUAAAAUAUGUUAAACACGUUAAUGUGUUCAAAAUUUGUGUCGGGUCACGUCAGCAUCAGAUCAACAAUGAGUAGCAAGUCAUAAUUUCGAUUUAGUUAUGUCAUAAUUUCGACUUUUAAUUUUUUUCUAAUGUGGCGGAAAUGGGCUUCCAUACAUUAUGAACUAUUGCGCUCUGCCAAAAUUACCUAAAUUGGCUCUGACUUAGUUUAAAGAUUUAAUGCCAUGUCAGCAGCCUAGACUAUUUUUAUGGCAAAAACUGGGUAAAAAAAACUGCAUCAUUUAAAACAAUAGAUUAAAAUUAAAAUUAUAACAUUUUUAUCUGGUUAGAUCUUAUUCAUUAAAUAAAGCUUAAAAGCUAACAAAAUAUGAUUAGGAAAAUGGAAAAGAUAAAUGGAGCUGGGCAUGGAUUACUGGGUUGAUAACAAAGGCUGAAUAUAUAGGUGUCAUGUAUGUUUCAUCCUGAUAAUAUUGUUACUGAUGUGUGUUUGGCCUUGUAUUUUGAAAUUUUGGCCUUUAGUAUCUGGGUUAUCAAAUGAUCAGACUGCAAUAAUGAUGAAUGUUUUGUGUCAGCUUGUUCAUUGUUAAAUUACUGCUUACUUCGAAAACCAACAAAGGAAGUGGAAAAGGUGCAAAUGUGUUUGACUAGAUAGCAUGGAAUUCAGUGGUCAUCUGCUAAGUUUUACUUUCUUUUUUUAUUCUUCUGAUCCAUAUAUGGUAAUAUGUGUUAUGAUUGGUUUGGGGUAACAAGGAACAAUAAGAGGGGUAUAUAAGACAGCACUGUGUGAGGAUGUUCUUCUCUGUAGAACUCUGUAUCUGCAUUGAACAACCUUCUUGCAAGAAUAAAAUCAACACAGACAUUUUAAAUAUUUGUGUCAUUACAUUCUCAUCACUAAAGGAAUAAAGAAUUUUUCCACAACACCUUUCAAAAGAGACCUUAGGAAUGCUAUGGAGUAGAUUAUAUGUAUUUUUGUUCAUUGCCUCAACAACAAUGCAUGCAUGAGAAGACUCCAUCUCAUAGCUUUUCUAAUAAAAAAGGCAUUUCUUGAUCAUCCCGAUUAUGAAGUACAAAUGCUACAUCCUGCUUGGUACUACACUGACCAUUUGCUUAUUACAAAGUGGAGUGUUGAAAGUCAUGAAAAACAUACUAGCAUCCCAGAACGUUAUAUCACCGUGUGAACUCACCAAGCAAUUUGUUCCAAAAGAUGAACUAGAUGACAUCCUUGAACGAAGAGCAAAGGAGUUCAGUCAACACCAACUCAGGAUGAAGACAAAUGCAAAAAUUCUUAUUGCCAAAGCCAACUGCCCACUCCAGUAUCCUACUGGUUUCAGGGUAGCUCCUCUGCAGAAAAGUUUGAUACCAGGUCUCGCUCUUCAAACACAAAAAAGAAGGGUAACAACAAAAAAGAGGGAGGUGUACAAGGUGUCUUUGAGUGUGAAGAGUGGAGUGCUUUCAGUGGAGAAUGUUCUGGAUGGACAGCAGGUGGAUGGACAGGGUCAGAGCGAACUAAACAUCUCAUCCAGCAACCUCACAAAACUCAAUGAUCUGCUGUCUAGAGUGACAUACACCAGUACCAUCUAUCACAUUUAUACAAUUGACAUGGUUCAUUUCUCUUUUGAGGACCAUGAGGCCAUGUUUCCCAUCAUAAUUAGGAGACCAACAGUUCCUGUUCUUUAUGACCCCGGAAAAGAUAUCAACUCACAAGUGACCAUAAUUACCAAGACAUUUCUGAGGUAUAAGGAGCUGAAAGUCCUCAUCCAGAGUAUCCGAGAGUUUUACCCAAAUAUCAAGAUCAUUGUUGCAGAUGACAGCCUGAAGACUGAGGAUGUGUCUGGAAACAACAUAGAGCACUACAUCAUGCCUCCUGCACAGGGCUGGUUUGCAGGCAGAAAUCUGGCACUAUCCCAACUCACAACUAAAUACUUUCUGUGGGUCGACGAUGACUUUGAGUUCUUGAAGGAGACACGGAUCGAGAGUUUUGUGGAGAUUAUGGAAGCGAUUCCAGAUCUAGAUGUUGUUGGUGGUGAGGUCUCAGGUGACCAGUUCCAGUUCAUUCUUGAGUAUGAUGAGGGAACCAAAAAAGAAGGUGGCUGUCUAAGGCGUAUUAAAGGAGGGUUUCAUCAGCCACUUUCAGGCUAUAACGGAUGCUUUUUUGUGGAUGGUGUCACAAAUUUUUUCUUGGGGAGGACUGAAGCGGUGCAAAAAAUUGGCUUUGACCCAUUCCUUAAAAGAGUUGGACACACCGAGUUCUUCAUUGAUGCCCUUGGAAAACUGCUGGUUGUUUCAUGCAAGGGUCUUUCUAUCGGUCACCAGACACACCGGGAACAGAAACAAUAUGACUCAUACCGGACUCAAGAGAAACUUGAAGAGGAGAGAAAACUGGCUCACCAUUUUUUUAAGAAUUAUCUCAAAUGUAUCAAGUACUGAUUAGUAUUUAGUACUGAUCAUUUUGGGAAAUAAUGGACAACAAAUCUGAUUAUCGAUUAAUCACAUCUGUGCACUGUGAACAGAUAACAUCUGCCAGUCACUUUACGUAGUGAAAAAAGCAUUUCAAUGGACAAAAUGCACCUGAAGAAUAACAGAGGACAGAGUGACUUGCUGCGGGAGAAGUGCACAGCAUAAGUUGCCCUAAACACAAGAAUGCUUUAUAUGAAGAGCUUCAAAAUAAAUACAUAAGCAUAACGUUUAAUGUAACUUGCCCUGUGUGAGCGUAGAGUUUGAGACAUGAUUUGUCAUGAUAAAAUGCCAUUUACUUUCACCCUCUGAGUUCUAUUUGUCAAGAAAUAGAACACAGAGGGUGAAAGUAAAUGGCAUUUUAUCAGAUGUAUUAUGUUCAUCCACUGGUUCACCCCAGGGCUGUGUUCUUUCACCUUUAUUUUAAAUUUUGUAUAUGAAUAUGUGCCAAAGUAACCAUGUAAAUAGGACUAUAUUGAAAUUUGCUGAUGAUUUGAUGAUUGUCUCCAGGAUAACAGAUCACUCAGUUGAGGCUUUUAAUUGGCGUAUACAUCACACAGGUAAAAGACCAAAUAUAAGAUCCUUCAGACUGUAGGUCAACAUUUGCAUUUCUCCAUCAUUAUGUAUAUCACAACAUUCAGAUUUUAUUUGAAAUGCUUUGAAAUGGUGUGACUUGUCAGUUUACACACACCUAGGUGGAUUGUGCUACGGGACAAGGAACUGGAUCAAGGAGACCUCCAUGUCAGCAGUCACAUAUUACUGGUCUGUGCCUCUGUAAAGAGAGAUCAGAUAUCACAGUAUUCCUGUUUCUUGCCAUUUCAUCCAUUGUCGUUAAGGAUAUAGCGCUACCUGAUCAUUUCUGUAUUUUCUUUGAUAUAUUGAUCUCUCCGACUGUUGAAGUUAGAUCUAUCUCGGUCAAAAAGCGAUGCUUAAAUGAGAAUACUAGUGCACUGUUUAUGAAGGCUAUAUCUUUAACACCAAGCAUAUCUGCAGACUCUGUUGAUUUUCUCCUUGAUUCUUUUAACUCAAAAGUACAGAAUGUUAUUGAUAACAUUGCUCCAGUGAAUGUCAGGAAGAAAAGUAGCAGACAAAAUGCACCGUGGAGAAACUCAACAGCAGUGCAAAAUAUGAAAAGACACUGCAGAAAAGCUGAGCGCAUAUGGCGAAAGACAAAACUUGAAAUCCACUAUAACAUCUAUAAAGAUAUCCUUCAUGCUUU